GAUGAUGGUGAUGAUGAUGAUGGUGGUGAUGAUGAUGAUGGUGUAGAGGUAUCUUUUCCAAUCGCACCUCUUCCCGUUGGAGGUCUCUGUGCGGAAAAUCUGACCCCAAACCGCACAAUGCCUCCUAAAUCCAAGUCAGCGGGUGCCAAAGCAAGGGCUCCACCCAAAAGGAAAAUGGCAGAGGAAAUGAAACCAGGGGAGGUGCUGACUGACACUGGUAAAAAGCAGUGGAAAAUAGGAAUGCCCAUAGGCAAGGGUGGAUUCGGUCUCUUAUACUUGGCUGAUGAAAAUUCUUCCAAAGCUGUUGGGAAUGGUGCUUCAUAUGUCAUCAAAGUGGUACGUUCAAGCUGAGUUGCUACUUUUAGUUGGAAUUUAGCUUAGUAUUAUUUGUAUUA